AUGACUAGUUACUCAAAGUGGAUAAUUUCAUUGGUUUAUAGAACGGUGUCUUUUUCUAGAUAUCCCAAUAUAAGAACUUCAAUAAGCUGCUCUCCGGUGUCGACUGCUUACUCCACCGCCUCCUUUCACCACCGUCAAGAUCUCCUCUACCGCUCGAACUCAAGAAUGGCUCCGCAGCGGCUCACAGCAGAGAAAGGGAAAGGCAUUGCAGUCGUUGGAUCUGACCUAGGCUAUGACUGUUUUCAGUUCCGCUUCGAUCUCGAAGAAGAUCUACACAACAUUCUUCUCAACAGGCCAUACCAGUUUUACAACUGGAUGGUGGUGCUUCAACAAUGGGAACCAGUCAUUUCUCGUACCUUCCCAUCUCACAUACCCUUCCGGAUUACUCUCAGAGGACUACCCCUCCACUUCUCGCACGAGAGCAUGAUCUACAACAUCCGUCUCGAGCUAGGGACACUGGAGGAUUACAAGAUAACGAAGACCCCUGCUCGUAUCCGUAUCACUCUCGAUGCUCUGAAACCCUUCGUAACAGACUCCCUUGUGAAUUUCUCCUCGGGGGAAGAUAUACCAAUAACGUUCAAAUAUGAGAACAUGGCCAACCAUUGCUCUAUCUGCAACAUGCUGACCCACUCCUCUCGCCAUUGUGACAAAAGACAAAGAGAGAUUCCUCCUUUGGUCCCAACUAAAUCUGAAACGAGGGAGGAAGGCAGGGGAGCUACUGAGCGUGUGAGUCGACGCUACUCCUCACAGGAACUCAUAUCCCUUCUGCAAAACACCCUUCCCCCCCUAGGAGAAGUGUUACCCCUCAUGUGGCACCUUUCAAACAAAGAGUGGAUAGGCAUGGAAGACCAUAUGGGGAGAGAGUCACUAUGA